AUGUGGGAUAACCAGAGUCCCGAAAUGCAGUCAAAGCCAAUCCCUCCAUUUGCAUCCUUCAAGAACUGGUCUUAUAGUGAAUUCAGUUGUGAAGCUCUUGAGCAAUGGUUAACUGUUCCAAUCACAGGUUCAGCCAAGUCAUACGAAAUCAUUCUUCAUCGUUCCGAUAUCAAGCUCUAUCAAAGAUUAGAUCGCGCUAUAUCAGAUGUGCUUACUCAUUUUAAGAAUGAGUUUGAAAAUCAAUAUAACACUAUAAUUGAUCUUACAACUCGCAAAUUGCAAAGCAUCAUGACUCCACAGAUGUUAGAGGUAUGUGUGGAUGUGACAUUAGUGAUUGAUCACAAUUGCUAUGGUAGAAUUUUGUUAGCAAUGGAAGAAUCAUCCACAAUUAAUAUAUCAUCAAUAGAGUUGCUAGAGCCAAUUGAAACUGAUGAAAGAAAUAACAACGAUGAUUGUUUGGUAUGUCUAGAUGAGAUAGGGGAGGAAACUCAAGUACUGCGUUUGCCUUGCUCGCAUAUGUUUCAUGGAGAUUGCAUUACAAAGUGGUUAGAGAAUAGCCAUUACUGUCCGCUUUGCCGCUUUCAGAUGCCCACAGAUUAG